AUGUCAGCGUCAAUUAGAUCACAACAAACAACGGCAAAAUCUGUCACAGAAUUACCAUUAGUGGCUCAUAUAUUCAACAAGAUAUCAGGUCUCUUACCUAUAGAAAGUGACUUGAGUAUAUAUGAAGUGGAAACUCAUGCUUUUUAUUUAAGUUCAAGAAAAGCUUUGAUUAAUUUAUCAACUUCCAAUCUAUACCAGGAUAUUUUGAUUUAUGCUUUAGAGAUAUUGGAAGAUUUGAAUAAAAGAGAUAAUUAUUUGGUCCUAAGGCAACGUGAAUUACCUUCAUUAAGUUCUUUAUUAAUUAUUUUAAGAUUAUUAGCUGAUUUAUCGAAAUUUAAUUGGGAUACAAAAGAACCAAAAUCAAGAAAAAAUUCAAUAGAUUCAAAUACUUCAACAACUUCUUCUUCAAGUGAAGGUGUUGGUAUUGCAACUGCAAAUGUUGAUUUUCAUACUGUUCAACCAAACUCUCUUGAUCCAAUUUUGGCAAGACGUGCUAUUGCUUUAAUUUCAAAAUUCAAAUCUACAAGUAAUUUGGUUCAUGAAUUGGCUUUAAUUAAUGGGAAAGUUGCUGUUUCAAAUGAAGAAUAUGGUAUGAGAUCAAUGACUGAUCAAAUUGAUAUCAAUGUGGAAACUUUAUUAAGAUAUUUUGCUGCGUCAAAUCCAGUUGAAUAUUUAAAUUUUAGUAUUAUGAAAUUAAGUGUUUUGAAACAUAAUAUAAAUAAUGAAGGUGAAUUUGUUCCAUAUUUAGAAUUAUUCAGUGCAGUUUAUUUGAAUGAAAAUUAUAUAUUGGAAUAUUUAAAACAUUUAAGAAAUAUAUUGACAACAAUUAAAAGAUCAAUUUAUCGUCAAUUAUUAUUAACUUUCUUUAUGAAGGCGGUUAAGAUUUGGAUUAAUUCAAGACCUCAAGAAUAUUUAAACUGUACCAAAACUGAUUCAAAUGUAUCAAUGGAAGCUGAUGCAUUAUUUGAUGAAGUUUAUUCAUUUUUGGAAGGUGGAACUUCAAAAAUAUCUUCAAAUGCUGGUACAAAUAAACAAUUUAAAAGUUCAUAUAGAUUCUUAGCAUUAUUAUUAACAUUAUAUCCAAGAGCAAUUGAAAGUUUUACUUAUCAAAAUGAUUCAAAAUCAAAUAGAACAGCAGCUUUGAAAAAACUUACAAGUUUCAAUACAAAUAAAAAACAUAAAUUAUUAUCAAAUGUCACUAAAAUAUUAUCAAAUAAUAAAGAAACUUCAACUCAAGUGGAAAAUAAUGUUUCCGUAUUGGAAAGUUUAGAUUUUGUUGUUUGUGUGGCAAAUAUUGCUUCAUCAAUUUAUCCAUAUGAUCCUCAAAAUAUCUUGGUACAAUAUUCUUUAUUACAUUAUGAUAUUGUUACAAAAGUAUUGGUACCUGUUUCUUCAACUAGAAAUUCACCUUUGAUUACACAUGCUACUUUAUCAGAAAAUCAAGUUUUCAGUGAAUUAAGAUUAGAAUAUUUUUCAAGUCUUUGUGUAUUAAAUUCAUCAGAAUUUAUUCCAAAAUUAAUGGAUAUAUUAAAUGAUGAAAGUACUUCAUUAGAAUCUUUGAAAUUAACAACUUCAAUCUUGAAAAUGUUUUCAUCAACUUUACAUUCAAAAGAAUCAAGUCAAAAUCUGGUUAGACAAAUUUUCCCAUUAUUGAAGAGAGUUGUUGUUAGAAUGAGUACUUUAGUUCAAAGUUCAACUUAUGUUCCAUCUAUUUAUGAAGAAGAAACUGAAACUUCUUCCUUGGGCAAAACAAGUUCUGGUAAUUCUUUAGAUUUUUAUUCUCAAUAUAGUUUCAAAACUGAAAUUAAAUUCCCAGAUCAAUCAAGACAAAAUUCAUCAACUGUUUCAUCUUCAGCUGGUUCAGUAUCAACUCCAAAAUCUGAAAAAUUCAAAGAUACUACAAAGAGUAUAUUCAGUAGAUCUCAUCAUUUAAAUUCAGCACAUCAACAAAGUUCAAGUCAUAGUACAAACACUUCUGCAUCAUCAGCUUCAACAAGUAGAGCAAAUACUGCAACAUCAGAUCAAUCAAUUGAUAGUACACAACAAGCUCAAAAAGUUUCAAAAUUAUCAAGAGAUAUAUUAGCAAAUUCAUAUUCAAUUUUUAAAAAAUAUCCACAAUUAUAUUUCUUAACUUCAAAUGAUUUAUCAAAUAAUGAGAAAUAUGAAGAAUUAAUUGAAAGUUCAAAUUCUGUUUUAGAUCCAUUCAUAAUUUCAAUUAAAGAUUCUGAUCCAAAAUUAACAACUUCUGUUACUCAAUAUCUUUUAAGUUUUAUUUCAUCAAAUGUUAUAUUGGAUGAUUUUGAUCAUGUUAUGUGUUCAUUUGCAGGCUCUUUAUUAAUUUUGAAUGCUACAGCUAAAGCAUUAAUUGCAAGUUCUUCAAGUGAUUUGAAAAGAAGAGAACUUUUAGAAAUUUUUGUGAAAUUUUUAGAAUAUAGAGUUGGUUUAAACACAUUAUUAGAACAUCAUGAAUAUUUCCCAUUAGUCAAAUCAUUAGAAAAAUCAUUUUAUCUAAGUGCAACCUCAUUAAUUGAACAAGCUUUAUUAACUUGUUUAUGUACACCAUCAUUUGAUACAUAUCCAUUGAUAAAAAGAGGUUUCAGAGCUGUUGAUUCAGAAUUAAGUUUUAAUGGAUCAAGAAAUCAUGUCUAUGAAAGAGAUAUCAAUAAAGAUUUCUAUCUGGCUGUUUCUGGUGAUUCUUCAUUAACCACUGGUUUGGUUGCCUUACAGAAAAACAUUAGAAAAUAUUUUUUAAAAAUUAAAACACCAAGUGCAGCUGUUAUAAAUGUUUGGUUAAGAAUUUAUGAAAGAUGGAAUGAUAUGGCUUUAUCAAAUUAUUCUGAAAUGUCACAAAAUGAAUUAGCUGAAUUCCGUAAUUUUGCAGGAUUUUUAUCAUCAGUUUCAGGUAUUUUCGUUAAUUCAAAUGUUAAUGCUGAAAGAGGUUUCACUCAAGAAAUUAAACAUGAAAUCACUGAAAAAAUCGAUGAAUUUAUCCAAAGAGAAUUGGUUCUGUUAGGUGAAGAUAAUUUAGUCACUAGAGAAAAUGCUAGAGAAAUUCUUGCUGCUGAAACACAUCCAUUAUCCUAUGGUAGAGUUGUUAAACUACUGGUUCCUAUUGUUAAGAAUUAUGAAGCUAAUUCAGAAAGAUUAUCAGUUUUAGAUUUCACAGUUAUAGAACAUAUUAUAGUUUUGUUAAAAGCUAUUUUAAAUAAUGGUGCUAGAGAAACAGUUUUCUCUGUUUCAGUUGAUUUAUUAAAUUGUGCAAGUAUAUUAGCAAGAUUAAUUGAUUCAGUUCCAGAAGUUGAUGUUACUAUAUUAAAAUUAAGAAUUAGAAUGUCAAGAUUUUUCUAUGAAAUUGAAUUGCAUAAUGAUGUUUUAGUUAUUGGAGGAGCUUAUAAAUUAAGAAAUACUUAUUUGAGACAUGCUUAUAAUUGGUUUGAUAAUGCAAUUGCUUAUGAUUGUAAUUGUAAUGAUCAUUCACACCAUCAACAUCAAAAACAUUCAACAGGUGGUAGAGAUCUUGAUUAUAUCUAUAUUGAUAUUGCUAUUGAAAGUGUUAAAGCAUUAUCUUUAUUAUUGGAUUCAUUAUUGUUAGAAGCACCACAAGUUAUUAAUGAACGUGAAUUGAAAUUUUCAAAAGCUAGUUUAUUUAGUAUAUAUUUCAAUACUUUUUUGAAAGCUUUAGAAAGAUAUUCAGAUCUAGAAAAAUUUCCAUUGAGUGUUAAACAUAAAGUUUCCACUGUUAGUGAUCAUAUUAUUACUUGUUUGACUAAUUUAUUAAAAUCAAAUGUUGAUGUUGGUUUACAAUAUGCAUUACCAAUUGGUUAUCAUUCAAAUUUAUCAAUUAGAGUUGCAUUUUUGAAAGUCUUUGUAUCAAUUGUGGAAACUUAUAAAGUUGAUGAUGGUCGCCAUGAUGAAAAGACCAGAGCUUUGAUGAAUGAUAUUUUCAAAUUAAUUUUUACAACUCCAAAAGUUUUGUUGUCAAUUGCAAGAUCAUGUCCAACUAGUGAUGCUUCCGCAUUAGCAUCAUGUUCGCUAUCAUUAGCUGAUAGUGUUAAUCAAAGUGCAAGCUUGGUUUCAUAUUUGGUUCAAGAAGAAAUUUUCAAUGGCUAUAACUAUGGUGAUAUUUUAAGAAGAAAUAGUUUUGCAAGUAAAUCAUUAUCUGCUUUUGGUAGAUCCAAAGGUAGUGAAUAUUUAGUAUCAACAUUAAGACCAAUUUUAUUAGAAAUUAGAGAUUCUGAAUUAGAUCUUGAAGUGGAGAAAAUAUCACCAGAAGAUCCUGCUGGUUUACAAAAUCUGAAUAAUUUUAUGCACUAUUUGAAAAAAUUGGUUAAUGUUAUUAUUAGAUCAAUUGAUGAAUUCCCACUUGAAUUUAGAGCUGUUUGUCAAACAAUUUCAAGUUGUGUUGAAGGUAAAUUCCCAAGUUAUAGAAUAAUUGCAGUUGGUUCUUUCAUCUUUUUAAGAUUCUUCUGUCCAGCUAUUGUUAGUCCAGAAUCUGAAAAAAUUGUUGAUAUUCCAAAUCGUCAAACUCAAAGAAAAUUUUUAAUGUUGGCUAAAGUUUUACAAAACAUGGCUAAUGGUUCAUUAAAUUCUCUAAGAUGGCCGUUGUUAAAAUCUAGAACUGAAGAAUUGAAUGAACUCAAUGAAAAAUUAUUCGGCUUCUUAGAUCAAUGUACCAAACUUGAUGAUGAUGUUGUAUUUGAAGUUACUGAAAUGUCUGAUGUUAACGAUCAAGAUUUUGGAUUCUUCCAUAGAUUUAUGUAUGAAAAUUGGCAAGUGGUUAGAGCUGAAAGUUUAAGAAAUUGUGAAAAUGAAGAUGAACUAAAGGUCCAUUUGAAGUUAUCAACAGAUGUUAUGGAUAUCUUAUCAUUUUUGGGUCAACCAACUAUUAAUUUUGGUUAUGAAAUUCCUGCCUCAAUUUCUCCAGAAUCUAAUAAUGAAUUAUUUGAAUUUAUGAGCAAGUAUUCAUUGAAAGAUUUAGGUCAAGUUCAAGAUUCAAACUUUAUUUAUCAAGCGAUCAGCUCUGAUGGUACACCACUAUUGGUAUUUUCUUAUCUUGAAUUUUAUAAGUUGAAAAAUGCUGAUCAAGAAAUUGCUUUAUACAGAAUCUUUCAAAUUGCUUCAAAAAUCUGGGAUCAAAAAUUCUCAAUUGUUGUUGAUUGUACUGGAAAUAAUGGUACUCAAGUUUUUCCUUAUAGAUUAUUAGUUCUAUUAGGAAACUUAGCUCCUAAUCCAAUGCGUGAUAACUGUGUUUCUGUUCAAUAUUUCAAUUUAUCAUCGGGUUUGUUUCCAAAUUUUUUCAAAAAUUCAAAGUCACCAAGUAAUUUUUUUAACCAAGGUCCAUCUGAAUAUUUCUUCCCACAUGGAAAUGAUGAUCAUAAGACUAUUGCUAAUUUGGGCUUACCAAAUGAAUCAGUUAGAGCUUACCAUGAUGUUAGAGCUAAAUUCACAGAUGCUUCGUUAUAUCAAGUUGAUAAUGGUCGCUUCGUCCCAGUUGUUAUUAAGAUAGGUAAUGAAUUUAUUCAAAUUACCCAAACAACACCACAAAGAAUUAAAAUUAAAGGUACAUUGAAAGAAAUUUAUCUUAACGACGUUUUCAGAUUACAAGAUAUUUCUUCCGUUUCGGUUUCUGAAAAGACUGGUGUUUCUAAUGAAAUAACAAUUGUGUUUGAAAAUGGUUCUGAAUUCAUUUUAAGCUCACCAAAAUCAUUAGAUAUAAUGAGAUUAUUGUAUUUCACUAAAAAUAGAGUAACUGAAGCUCCUGCUGAAACUUUGUUCAAACAAAAUGUUGAAAAAUCAUUAGAAGAUAUGCUUGGUCAAUUGUUCAAUAUUGUAUUUUUAGGUUUCACAUCUUCAUCAGCAGAAAUUAGAUCAAUUUCUUAUAAUCUUUUAGCUGCUGCGCAAAAACAAUUCAAUUUAGACCUUGGUAGAGAAUUAGCAUCAUCACCAGAAGUCUAUUUCCCACGUGAUAAUAAUACUUUUGUCGUUACCAUUUCUGAAAAAUUAGCUGAAACUUAUCCACAAGUUACACCAGAGGUUAUUGGUGCGUUCUUUAAAGUUUAUAGAGAACAAGUUACACCACGUCAAAGAUUCAAUGCAAUUGUUUAUGUUGCACCAUGGAUUCCAAACAUUUAUGAGCAUGUUUACCGAGUUGAUGAAGAAAAUGGUCCUGAUUUUGUAUCUGAAAUUAUCAGAAACUUCUUAGCUGUUUCAUCUAUUGAUCCAGUAUUCCUGAGUGCUUUUAAUUCCCAAAUAUGGUCUAAAUUAUGUUUAGAAGAUAGAAUCAGUACCAUUUUGGUUAAUGAAAUUGUCUUGACUGCUAUUGACCGUGAAGCUGAAGGUUCUGAUUGGAAAUCUAUCAUUGCAUUAUUAGCAUCUACACCAACUGUUGAAUUAUGUGGUCAUGUUAUUCAAAGAUUAAGAGAAAUCUCACAUAUUCCAUUCCCUGAUAGCAAUGGUAAUUAUUCUGUUACUUCACAUAGUAGCUGGAUUGAAAUCACGGUUUUGGUUCAAAUUUGUGUUUCUUUAUUCUUUGAUUCAUUGAUGUUCACUGAAAUGUUUUUACCUGAAAUCUUUUAUGUUGUUACUGUUUUAGUUGAUGUUGGUCCAUUGGAUCUAAGAAUUGCAAGUCAUCAAUUAUUGUUAAAUGUUCUUCAAUCAUUUUUAACUAAACCAACAUUAAAUGAUUUCGCCAAAGAUAAAAUUAGAAAUACAAUCUCUCAUUUUACUUCUCAUAGAUCAAGAAUUUUAUUCGGUUUAAAUAGAGAUACAGCUGAUAAUUUCCCAACUGAAAUAUCUAAAUUUGCCACCAGAGUUAGUACAAUGGAAACAUUGGUUGCUGCAUUGAUGGAAGUCAUUGAAGUUACAGGUUCUGAGAACAGCAAAGCUUUAUGGGUUGCUAGAUGGAAUAGGUAUGUCGUUGAUGCUGUUUCAAAAGAUGAUGCUGUCUUAAAGGGAAGAGCCCUUUUAUUAUUAGGUGUUUUAUCUAAGACUGGUGUUAAUGAUACGAUGGUUGUUAGAGUUAUGGAAAUGGUUGCACAAGUUGCCUCAGAGGAUAUGAGUGACACUAAAUACCGUUAUUUGGCCAUUUGUACCGUUUUCUCUUUGAGUAGAAUAUCGGAAGGAUUGUUACCAACAUCACCAUUCUUUGGAAGAAUGUUUUGGUUUGCACUUGUUGUUACACAUUCAGAUUUAGUCGCUUUAUAUCAAGGUGGUCUUCAAUUUGCAUGUAAGGUAUUGACAGCUAUGCAUUCUAAGGAUAAAUAUAUUAAUUUUGAUGUUGUUGGAACACUUUUGAAAGAAAAGGUACCAUUUGGUGCGUUACUUGAUCGUAUUGAAGAACAUGAUGAAAUUGUUGCCACUAGAGAUACCUUUGAUCAAGUCUUAUUGCAUUAUACUAUUAAAGGUUUACAGUUACCAUAUGCUAGAGCAACAUCAAUUGAAUCAUUGAAAUCAUUCUUUAUCAUAAGAUAUUUGAAUGAGGUUGCUCGUGUUGAAACUGACCCAUCACAAGUGUUUGAUAAUAGUGUUCACUCAUAUUUGUUAUUCCUUUAUAUCUUGCUAAAACCUGAUGAUGUGAAAUCUUUAUUAAGAUCUGCCGAUGUAUUAAGUGAUGAUGUUAUUGAAUUGGGUGAACAAGCAAUGGUUCCAAGAGUAUUGGUCAACUAUUUAUUAUCAGAUAACAUUAACUCAAACCUUUCCUUGUUACAAGCUGCUGUUCAUUUUGAAGAAGGUGAACCAAACGAAAAAUCCAUGAUCAGAUUAUUAUUAUUAUUGAAAUAUAUUGGUCAAAGAAAUCCGAGAUUGGUUAUGAAAGUUUAUUUCAAAUUGAGACCAACUAUUAGAAAGAUCAUUAGUACCAAUUCAAGCUCAGUUCCUCUAGUUACUGCAUGUUUUAACUUAGCUUCUAUUGCAAGUAUUCAAACAGACUAUGAAGAGGAUGAAAAGUUCAAACAUUUUGCUGAUCAAGUGUUGGAUGAAAACUCAGUUCGUGGUAUUUACAAAUAUAAAUUCCCUGAAGGUGCAGUAUUACUUGAUGAAAAGGGGGCCAAUAAUCCAUCCGAAAAAUCUCGUGGUUCAGUCAUGAAACCAUUGAUUGAAACAAUUUGUGCUGCUAAGGUUCAAACUGAAUAG